AUCUCGGGAUGUGUUAUGGAAGAUGUUUUGGAAUUCAUCUACACUGGAACUGUGGAAGUGACUCAGGAGAAUGCUAAGGAACUGAUCGCCGCAGGAAACUAUCUGAUGAUACUGAGCUUGAAAACUGUUUCAGGGCGAUUUCUGGAGGCCGAAAUGACCGACUCCAACUGCAUUUCAACGUUUUACUUCGCUGAGAAAUACGACUGUGUCGAACUUAUCCGUGACAGCAGGGAAUUCAUCCAUCAAAAUUUUGCAUCCGUCGGAGAAAUGGAUGAGUUUUUGAGCUUGGAAGCCAAGGAGGUGGCGGUGUGGAUUUCAAGUGACGAGAUUGCUGUGGAAGCGGAAGCCGACGUCUACAAGAUUAUACUUAAAUGGGUUGAACACAGCAAGAGCGAGCGAAAAGUAGCAUUUGAGGAACUGUUUCGUCACGUUAGACUGAGUUUUCUGUCGCGUGACUGUUUGGAGGAUGUCGUGACAAACGAACUGGUGCGUGAGAAUUUCGCUUGUGUGAAGCUGGUCAUGGAUGCUACUGUAAAGAUGGCUACUUUUGCGAGUGAAGAAGAUCUCCCACGGUCACCAAGGAAAGGUCUGGAAACGCGUGUUAUUUUAGCAUGUGGUGGCGAGUUCACUUUUUGUUAUCUCCCUGAAGAAGACCAGUGGAAGCGGCUGCCAAAUGGGUCAACCGAGAGAAACCAGAAAACACAAAUGCUUACAUUUCGUGAUCAGCUGUACACAUUUAAGGAGUUCAGCAAGGCAGAGAAGUAUGAUUGCGUGUUUAAUGGCUGGUCAAAGUCGGAUCUGAUAGACGUAUCAGCAGAUAGCGCCAUUGUGACUGUUGUCAAAGGGGAUAUGUACUCUAUUGAAGUUGACAAGCCCGUUGGGAAGUCUACUAUCAAGAAAUAUGAUGUGGAGCGUUGCACAUGGCAAACAGUUGUGGAAUCUUCCCAAGGUUGUAGGAACGGUUCCUGUGUUAUCGCAGGUGGCAGCUACCUAUAUGUUUUGGGUGGAUCGGCCCCUAUCAAUGCUGGUUAUGUCUCUAAAGCUGAGAGAUUCAGCACUGUGGUAAACCAAUGGGAGGAGAUCGCGGACAUGCAGCAAGGAAGAUUUGGUGCCUUCGGCGAGGCUACUGAAGGAAAGAUUUUUGUUGCUGGAGGCUUGAACCAGGAUAGGAAAGUGUCAAAAAGAUGCGAGAUGUACAACGUAUCCACAAACGAAUGGCAGUACAUCGGAAGCUUGAACCAUUUUCGUUUUUAUGGUAGCAUGGUGUGUCUGAAGGGAACACUGUACGUAUUGGGUGGCUCGAAAAGCACCAGAGAUAGUUUGUUGGCAGUCGAAAGCUACGACUUGACAAAAGACGAGUGGAUUGAGAAGACAACCAUACCAGUGGAGAGAUUCUCUAAAGAUAAUAAGGUCUCAUUCACUUCCUGUGUAGUUAAGCUCUCCAAAGGAGUAAUGGACAAGGCUAACCUUGACCUUGGCCUUGGCCCUUUCGGUACUUGGCAGUCCCAAACAGCAUUUGGUACUGGGAGUACUUUUGGUGCUCAGCAGUCCUCCUUUUCGUUCUCUUCAUUCAAUUAA